ACACCCCUAAGGCUCGAAACCUACUCGGAGUAAGGCAGGGGCAGGCCACCAGUCCCUAGCGAGCCACGUGGCUUUGGACCAAUCGGAAGUGGUCCAGUCUGUGCACAGCCUCCCGGAGCUUGCUGUGCACGCUUUGGCCUCCUAAGCAGGACUGCGAUAGUAGGAGAAGGGCAGUGGAGCCGCGCUAUGCAGCUACCCGAGGACGCCACAAAGCGCGCCCCGCUGGCCCUAGUGUCUAUUAUCCUCCCGGUGCACAAUGCUGAACAAUGGUUGGACGAGUGCUUGAUGUCUGUUUUACAGCAAGACUUUGAAGGCACCAUGGAGCUCUCAGUUUUUAAUGAUGCCAGCAAGGACAAGUCUAGGGCCAUCAUUGAAAAAUGGAAGGUGAAACUGGAAGAUUCUGGCAUCUCGGUAGUCAUAGGAGGCCAUGACUCUCCUUCUCCCAGAGGAGUUGGAUAUUCUAAAAACCAAGCGAUCGCACAGAGCACAGGGUCUUACCUUUGCUUUCUGGAUUCAGAUGAUGUUAUGAUGCCCCAGAGAGUGAGGAUGCAAUAUGAAGCCGCUGUUCAGCACCCAGCGAGCAUCAUAGGAUGCCAAGUGAGGAGAGAUCCCCCAGACUCCACAGAGCGAUACACACGCUGGAUCAACCAGUUGACAUCUGAUCAGCUGCUGACACAGGUGUUCACCUCCCAUGGCCCCACCGUGAUCAUGCCUACCUGGUUCUGCUCUCGAGCCUGGUUUUCCCACGUAGGGCCAUUUGAUGAAGGAGGACAGGGGGUUCCAGAGGAUCUGCUGUUCUUCUAUGAGCACCUCAGGAAAGGUGGUGGCGUCUUCCGGGUGGACCACAGCCUGCUCCUCUACCGAUACCACUUGUGUGCAGCCACACAUUCAGUCCUUGAACACCGAACAAAGCAGACCUCUUGUACUGACCAAGGCUGUGGAGACAGGCCCUCAGGUGGUCCUCAAAAGGUCAGGAUGACCAUCUGGACUCACCGUGUCCACUUCCUAGAGGAACAAAUCCUUCCUCACUGGAAGUCCUUCACCAUCUGGAAUGCAGGCAAGCAGGGGCGUAAGUUAUACCGCAGCCUGACUGCAGCCAGCCAGCACAAGGUGGUGGCCUUCUGUGACAUUGACAAGAACAAGAUCAGGAAGGGCUUCUACUGCCACGAGGACUCACAGGAGAGACCCAAGCCAAAGGUUCCCAUCCUGCACUUCCAAGCUGCCCAGCCACCUUUUGUCAUCUGUGUGAAGCUGGUGAGUACUGGCAAUGGCUGCAGGGCUCCUGGGUAUCCGCUGUCCCACUCUGAUCAUAGGAGCAAAACCAAGGACAAGACCUGACCACGGGCCCUGGGACAUAGCCCACUACCUAUACACUCUUACUGUAAAUCAAAUCUUACCUUGCAGCCAUAGGGACACCCUGAACUAGGCUAGAGGCCAUAGCUGCUGCUCUGUGGGCUGGAUGCAGCUGGAGAGUGGCCUGUGGGUCCUAGGGACAGGGUGGUGGUGGGCACCCCUGGUAACACCCUUACAAAGCUGUUUUCACUCUUUCCUUUAAACACUGAAAGCCAUUGUUCUGAGCCCAGCCAUGAUGUUCAAGGUGCCACGGUUCCUGCUACUCAAAGGGCAGCCUUACCCACAUAUAAUAAUAGCUUGGUGGUGACCAGUAGGGCCACAGGACCCUCCUUUGGUUUAUCUGGUUUCUCCAUUUUUGGUCAUAUGGGCAUAGGUGCCAAGCAUCCUGUUUCAGUGCAAACUGAGGUUACUUGUGGUCAGUGCAAAAAAGAAUCUCAGUCUCUCCAAGGAAUGGGUCUCCAACAGUUGUGCCAAGCUGAAAAUGGCCAGACAGCAAGCGUCUUACUGGGGCUAAGGCUAGACUUUCUUUAUCUACUCUGGACACUGUCCUUGGUAGGUCAAGUUCCUGGUAGACAUGCCCUCAGGAGACUUGGCUCUUGAGAUAUUAUUCUUUAAUAUGGUGACAUUAACUGAUUUUAUGAUGACAGUCUAGUGUCCUACAUAGGAAUUUCUCCCCUGUAAGAAACCUCACGUUCAUCGACAGGUAGCAUCUGUCACAGGUCCAUCUGGAAGGGAUUUAUAUUGGCCUGUGGAGGGCCAGUGUGUCUUGCCCAUGUGACCACCUCCAGGUCACUGACCAUGUAGAAUCCUGCUGGUCAGUAGCCCUACUUCCUGUCCACAGUUCUGACUCACUGUAGUAAAUGGGUCGGUCUCUGCUCUGAGAAGCUCCUGGGUGCAUCCUGCAGCAGAGCCAAGCAGGCCUUGUACAUCCGUUACUCUGUACCUGCUCACCAUUGGUCUCUGAAAUCAUUCCUGCCACCCAUCAUUCUUCUCAAGCUUUGAGUCCAGGGCAGUCUUAUUUCUAAAGAUCUCACUGUAAGUUGUGUAUGAUUCCCUUGAUGCCUUUUGUUCUUAAAUAGUUUUUCUCUUUCAAAGUCCAGACACCAGGUGAGAGGGCAUGGCCACACUGAAUGUUAGCAGCCCCAGGACAAGGCGUCACCCUCUCUAUUACCAGAUGGAUAUAGUAGGCCCUCAGCAAAGGCAGCUCAGCCUCCAGUUGCAGCUGUCCACCUCAGUUCUUAGGUCAUGGAGGGGAUAGUAGGUGGUGGGCCGUGCUGCUGAGACUGGAGGACACAGGCCAGACUUCAGCCUGUUUCAAUCCAUGUUUUCCAGUCUGUGACACCUCACUUCAGGUCAUGGCAGGGUUAGGCCUUGGUUCUAGCCCCUGAGAAAAUGUGUGUCUGUCUGUGUCCCCUGUAGAGUGAUGUCACACGGCAGCAGGUGUGGGGUCAGGAACUGCAUUCCGCUGGUGACACUAUGGGAGUGGAAGGCCUCUGCUUAGUUUUGUACCUUUACCAAGCGUCCUCUGGUACAGCAUUACAGCAUUUCUCUUAACACAAUGAGGAAGACGGCCCACCUGUGAUGUACCGUGUAUUCUGAAUAUUCUUCUGUUUGUGUGCAUGUGUGUUUGUAUGUGCUGGUGGGAAAACUCACUGCCUUCUAGUGCUUCAUCAUCAAGACAGGUUCUCUCACCAGGAACUUCCUUAUUCAGCAAGACUAGCAGACAAGCAAGCCCAAGGGGUCCUUCUGUUUCUGAUUUCCCACUUCUGCGACUGCAGGUAUAUCCCACCAUGCCCAGCCUUUACAAUGGUGCUAGAGAAUGAACGAAAGUCCUCAUGCAUGUGUGCAUGCACAGCAAACACUUUCCUGAAGCCAUCUCUAGCUCAGGAGUUUUAAGUUAUAAACUGAUGUUUGCCAUUUAGAAUGACUUACACUAUUUGACUUUUCCCCUUGUGAAAGUAUGAUUCAUUCUGAGAUGGCUACUCUUGAUCAUGCAUGACACUUUAUAGAGCACUGCCCACAUCUGUAUCUAGGACUUUUGCUUCUUAAUUUUAUCUGUGAUACAAUGAGAAGUUACUUUGGUAGAAAGAUUAACUAGGAAUCCCAAGUUUUCUGUUUUGCACAUCUAAUCGUCUCAGCCUCACAUCUUAGGCAGCCCGUUCUCCUGAUAGGGAAUGUGCUGGCUGAGAUGCUCAUUUCUGCUCCUGGGUCUCUUUCUACCAAUCACCAAUUCGCAUUCCAGUGCCUUACCACAGAGGGAAGCUACUCUUCCUUACUCCAGAAUUUGUCUCACAUUUUUAUUUAAAUAAACUGCUGUAUAUGCAGAGAAAAUGUCUCAUCUCAACACAGAUUGGCAAGCACGGACUGUAGGUCACAUUUAGCCCUCCACCUCUCUUCAUAAGUAGCUUUCUUAGAAUACGGACAAUAUGCGUUCACAUAGCAGAAUUACAGCCUCCUUAAGAACAGAGCAGAUGCUCUUCCAUGGAGAUGUGCAGACUGCUCACCUAUGCAAUUGUUCAGAGAAGAGCUGUGCACACACAGCUUGCCACUUGUCUGCUUGCCACUCAUGUGUAUGGACUCCCAACUCUUUGCUCUUAUGUCCGGUUCUUCUCAGCACCUGUAUAUGAUCAUCCACUGUGUAGACUAUUGGAUCUUGUUGGCAUGUCAGGACCCUGGCUUGUGGGAGUCAUCUCUAGCCUUCAGUUGUCACUCAUGCUGCUGUGAGCUCCCAUUUCUAUGGUUUAUCCCAGAGGAGAAGUCAGGUUGAACACCUCCAAAGACCACCUGUAUGGGCAAACUGACUGUUUUCUAUCCUUUUGGAGUUCUUUCUUGCUGUAGUUGUAGGAGUAUCUUGCUUAAGGUUGAGCACCACUUAUCUGGUGGAAACUUAGGUUUCAUCUGUCACAUUUAUAACUGGGCUUCUUCAACUGGAAUACGAUGGCAGAGUUAGCUUUGUGUCCUGCAGUCACCCUCUCCUUUCAUCCUCACAGGAUUAUGUUAACUAUUUGGAGCACAUGAGUAGUGAUGUGUUUAACAAUGUUAGGUCUCCUGGGGCAGGCUCUGACCUCUCCUGGCCCAAGGCUGAUGGCUUCUCUGGAUGUUGGGAAAGGAGAGGUGAGGGAAGAGAGGAAGGGCAGCAGGUGCAGCCACUGUGGACACUUCUGAUUUCCCAGGUAGAAUGCUUUUCACUUCCUAUUUCUAGCACUGGUAGUGGGACAGGUAGAAUCAGGGUGACAGCCUAGUUUAGAGGCCUCUUGUGUUAGUCAAAGGACAGAUGACUUAGGAGGAACAGUGCAGUUCCUCUACAUCUUGCUCCAGACUUCAUCUGCCGAUAGGCUGUUCUUCAGCAAGAAAAUGGGCCUUGCUCCUGUCUGGGACUGGGAGAUGACAGGUAAGAGGAAUCAGAGGGUGGGCGCUGGGCAGAUACCCAGUGUACAAUUCCUUGGAUAGACAGAAGGAAGGUGAAAUAUUCCUGGACCAACUGAGAGUGGCUCAAAUGCCUUCUGUAGAGGGUCAAUACCAGGUGGCAAAUGCACCUUUCAGUAUCUCACUACUGUUGGUGCCCAACAGAACUAUAUAACAGCAGCACUAGCCACUGCCCUCAGUGGCCUUUGGUUCUCUUCAGGCCUCCUCCCUAAUCCAUAGAGGAUCUUAAGUUCAUUAUGAGCCACCUAACAGUAAAUUAGGUAGACCCACUCCUAGCCUCUGACCUGAGUCUUUGCAAGAAUCCCAGAGAGUAAGAGGAAGUCUGACUGAGCUGGAUCCUCUCUCCCCAAGGACCUCACAGGGGGUGAGUUUGAAGACAACCUGAAGUCACUACACUUGCAAGAAGGCCGGGACUUCGUUCACUUCAGCUGAGGCUGCUGCUGAGGUGGGUGUACACAGCAACGCUAGUAGGCUCUGAGCCCUGUCUGAUCUGCCUCCCUUUCACACAGACGACUCAGUCUCUGCUUCCUCCAGCAUCUCCCCCUGCCCCCCACACACUUACUGCAUUAAUUCUCACCCAUCUGUUUCUGCAACAUACCUUGAGGCUUAAAUGUUCUAAGAACCACUUUAGGCAAAAUUCCUAAAACUUUCACCAGCUAGCUGGUAAUUUUUUAAAACUACUUUUUAAGCAGGAGUUUGCAAAAAGUUCUGGGUUUUAGAAAUGUCUAUUAAGCUAAGCUUUUCUUCAUUCUGAAACCAUCUGUACUGGCUACUUUCCUUAUUGCUGUGACCAAAUUCCAAACAGCCAACGCCUCAUGGUUUGAGGGUCCAUCAUGGUGGGGAGGGCAUGAUGGUGGAAGUCAUUCCCAGCUGGAACUCUCCACCUUCUCAUCUUAGUGGAGCAGGAAGAAUAGAGGGGGCCAGAAGCAAGGGUGAGGUCUAGUGACCCACUUCAAGCUAGGCCCUAAUUCUAAAAGGUGCCAACAACUGGGAAUAAAUGUUCAAACACGAAGCUGUCAGAGACAUUUCACAUUAAAAUGAUAAAACCCUUAAUAAUACAUCUCACUUCUCAAGUGAUCUUUUAGAUCAAGAUCUUGAUUGAUCUCAGGCUUUGAUCUUUUUGAGUUACAUUGUUGUUUAUUUUGUAGCCCAGGCUGGUCUUGAAUUCAGCCCUCCUGUCUCCACCUCCUGAAUGAUGGGCUGUGAGUGUGUGCCUGGCUUAAACUUGUUACAGUCAGAUACAUCCAAGACUCAGAGCUCUAACAACUUUCUACUUAAGAAACCCGGGCACCUCCCUCUCCAGCACUGUGCCUUUCCAUAUCUUGGAUGUUAGACCUCCAGUCCUAUUGCUUUGCUUUUGGAAAACUGUUGUAUAUUGUUUGGUUCUUUUUUUUUUUUUUUCGGAGCUGGGGACCGAACCCAGGGCCUUGAGCUUGCUAGGCAAGCGCUCUACCACUGAGGUAAAUCCCCAACCCCUAUUGUUUGGUUCUUAGUGAUGGGUUGAUAUCCCUGUCUGUGGAUGCUGGCCUCAUCCUCUUAGAGGUUGUAUCUUUCUGUCUUGGAAUUACCUAGUCUUUUCAACAUAGGAGUCUGGGGGACUCACUGGAUGACUCCUUUAGGGCCACAGCUCCUUCCUGUGAGGACAGUUUUUCCAUCUACAAGGUCCCAGGGUUUUAUCAGGUUUCUUGUGGCCUUUUAGCUACUCUACUCCACUAUCAAUACUUCAUGACGAGGCUUAGGAACCUGGCCGUGGACACAGUGUCCCUAACUACUUUCUUCCUGCUGUUAAAUCAUAGGUUCACAGGAGGCCAAGUGAACACUCUUGUGUGGGCACACACCUAUUUGGCCUCCUGCCCAAACAUGCCCACUGCAGAGCUUUCCCGACUCCUUUGUACCUAGACACUCACAUGCCCCCAUAUUUGCUGAGUCUGACAUAUAACUCAGCAUUAUUGCCGUGAUGGACCAACCUGACCCCACCAGUUGUCGUGAUACCUGGAGAGGAGGGCUCCCCCUAAGAACUUCAGUGGAAACCCUUCCUGCUGAGGUCUUUCUAGACUACCAGGUAUCCGGUGGAAACAGUUGCCUAUGGUGGGAUCUGCAUGCAGAGGGGGCUAGCUGAGAACAACAUCCUUUACUUCAACCAUUAAACCUCACUGAAAGGGACAUUACUCUGCUAGAGUGACAUCAGUAGGUCUGUUGGAAACCAGUUGGUCUCCAUGUCUUAAAAUGUCCUGUCUGGAAUUGUGUUUUAAAAUAAUUAAUACUAAAAAUAGCUAAUUCUGUUUCCCAGUAGACAUGACAGCAAAGCCAGUCUCAUACGUGGCCGUCUCUGCUGAUCUCAGCCAGGUUUUCUUCUACUUACAACAGAAAGGUGUACGAGACUGGAAUGAAGUAUGAGCCAGGCCUCAGCCACCAGGGCAGCACAGCAAACCUGCAGGUCUCAGGCCUGGAAAGUGGCUCCCGAUAAAGGCGGCAGCCUGUGUGCUCUCCGUUCUGGCUCCGUGAGAUGGAGGCUAUUGCCCUGAGUGAACACGCAUCACCACAGGCCUUGGCUUGAGGCCCUGGCCACUUCAGCCACAUGUCCAUCCUCAACAGCUUAAUAAGCAGUGAUCAGCAGUCCUUCCCAGGCCUGAGAGACAGAAAGGCUGAAGAGGUAGGCGUGUGGCUACCACAGCAGGACAGGCAGCCAUGCAGGCCUGGGACAGGAGGUGCAAAGGAUCCAGGCUUCCUGGACCAGUGUUGUCAUCUACAUUCCCACAGGGAUGCUGGAUUCUCAUGAUCUCUUGCUCAGACCAUUGUGAUAUUGUUGGUGGCUUGGCUGGCUGAACAUGUGAGAGGCUAUCUGUUACUGCAUCCGCCCAGCACUUCAAACUCUAUACCAGGGUGUGAAACACCCAUCAUGAUACACAAAUCACACAGCAAGGCCCUGAAGAGGAGCCCACAGUAGAUCCUCCAGCUCCUUUUGCACAGAUGUCCCAGAGACAGGCAGAGGCUGGGCUGUGUGAUACAUGAUUUAAUGAGAAGCACAUCUGUGUGACAGCAAAAGUAUGGGCAGUCCAGGUCACCAGAGCACAGCAUCCAUGAGGAAUUGCUGCUCUCUGGGGAUGGCCUCCCAAUCCAUCUAGCAGCAGGUGCUACCUUUCUCAGAAGUCUGUGGCACCAAGUUUCCAUGAUGGUAAAGCCUGUUGUGGAGCCUCAGGGCAAAGCAUCCCAGCUAGGCGGGCAAGGCUCAGCUUCCUGGAACAGGCUGUAAAGAAACAUGGCAACAUCAGGCUGGCUGCCACCCCACCCUCUUUGAUAUAUGGCUAAAGCCAGCCAUGACCAGAAUCCUGGCAGCCUGAACUGUAGUAAUAGCUCUGUGGCCUGUCAGGGUAGAUGUAAACUCAAGUUCACUGUGCAUAAAGGACCGAGACUACACCAUGUCGCCAUCUGUUGUCACCACUCCUGGAGCCACUCAAGCGACCAGGCCACACCUGUGUAUCUCAUUAUGGCUCCUACAGGGGGAAGCCCUGGGAAGACUUGAGCACACAGACCCAGUGUAAUAAACACAAAAUCUCUCUCAACAUGACACAGCCAUGACAGGAGCUCAGGCACAGAGCUGACUCAAAGCAAAGAGAAGAGUACGGAAAGAAGCUGACCAGGGAGACCAGGCUGGCUGAAUACCAAGACCUCAGGGUUAGUACAAACCAGUUUCAGACAGGGCUCUGCAGCAGGAGGUCAAGGCCAGGGAUAAUGUAAUGUGUCAAGAAAGAGUGCUGGCCACAGGGUAAUCGGGGACAGAAGAGCAGAGCUGUGAAACAAGUUAACAGGGUAGGAAAUGAAAUUCAGAUAAGGGGGAAAGAAACAUUAAACAGGAAGGUCAAAUAGGAAACAAAGAUGGUGGAUGUAAACUUGCCUAUAAUUAUACAGUAAACAUGAACUCAUGAGAUGCUAAUUAAUAAAGAUGUUAAGGCGCGA